GAGUUCAUCAUGUCGGUCGUGGAGCAGGAGAAGAGGGAGGGGAGGGGGAGGGUGAGACCUCCCCAGCCAGCGCGGCGGCGCCGACGACGGCCGAGGUGCCGGCGGCGGACACAGUGACGAAGGAGAAGGAGGAGGAGGCGGCGGCAGCAGAGCAGUCGGAAGAUUACGCGAAGCUGACAGGGCAGGGACUGGACGACAAGGUCGCGACCGAGAUCGAGAUCAUAUACCAGGAGGGCAUAAUGACGUCUGGGGAGCUGGAAGAUCGUGCCGUCGAUGACCUCAAGGAGUUCCCGGUAGAGGGCGCCUGCACUGUGCUGAAGCAGUUCCGCGAGACGAACCUGGAGCACGUGACAAACAAGAGCGCAUACCUAUGCGGCAUGCUGAAUGUACGGACGAGGAAUUGCCAGAAAGAAGAUCAGGUCAGUCAGGCGAAGGGACCGGACGAGGCAAAGCUGAAGACGGUGUUAGAGGACAAGGAGCAGCUGCUGCGGGAGGAGGUGGAGCGCGUGCGGGGAGAAGCCGAGCGGAGGCAUGCGCAGGAUCAGGAGGAGAUGCGCGCGCUCAGGCGGGAGAUGCUCGAGAUGACGAAGCAGACUAACAAGAAGUCACACGAGGCGAGAGUUACUGCAGAAAAGAAGGAUGAGGCCAUUGCAAAUUUGAAGUCAAUGCUUAUUCGUGCGGAGGAGGCUGCGGACAAGCUCACCACUCAGCUUGCCUCCCUUCGGGAGACCCACCGACGCGAAGCGGAGACCACAGCAAAGACGCGACUCUACAAUGAGUUCCUUCAGUAA